UUCAGAUAAAGAAAAGAAAUAAAGUCCCUGCUUUCAUGGCUGUCUUGACUGUUUCUUAUAGUGUUAAAAAGCCAAUUCUUAAUGAAUAGGUCUUGAGUAGACAGAUUUCUGAGAAACUCUCCCUGUAUUGGUAAGAACCCAUCUAAAGAAAAAAAAAACCCUAAGAUUUUUUAAUAAUUUAAAUUUCUGAUUUAAUUUUCCUGUAUAGAAAGAUGCAAUUUCUCUAGCUCUUCUCUAGAUUUUAACUCACCCAAGGCAGUUAACUACCCUCCUACUAUUUCUUGACUUUCCAUUUUUGUAUUGACCUUAAAAACUUAUGUGUAUCAAAGAAAGAACACUGGGAAAUGAAUAUAAACUGCUUGCAUUUUUGUUUUUCUUCUCGGGUUAUUUAUACCUUCUGAAUCCAAUUCUCCCUGUGCAACAAGAGAACUGUUCGGUUCUGCACACAUAUAUUAUAUCUAGGAUAUACUGUAACCUAUUUAACAUAUAAAAGACUGCUUGCCAUCUCGGGGAGGGGGUAGAAGGAGGGGAAAAAUCAGAACAGAAGUGAGUGCAAGGGAUAAUGCUGUAAAAAAUUACCUUGGCAUGGGUUCUGUCAAUAAAAAGUUUAAAAAAAUUAAAAAAAAGUUAAAAACAAAAACAAAAACAAAAACUUAUGUGUAGAUAAUCUGGCUUUCUUUUGUUUUCUCUCCUCAUAAAGAUCUUAGAGAUCACAUACAAGUGGUAGGUGGGAAAUUCCAUCCUAAUGGGUAUGGAAGCUACAAAGCUGAAUUUGUUUUCCUCCUGACUUCAUGUUUGUCUCAAGAUUCUGCUCUUCCCAAAGAAAGAAAAAUUAAGAAAAAAAAAGGAAUGAUUUCUAGAACCUUAACCGCUAGAUCCCAGAUAUUGACAUUCCAAGAUGUGACCGUAGACUUCACCCAGGAGGAAUGGAGGCUGUUGGGCCCUGCCCAGAAGGACCUGUUUAGGAGAGUGAUGCUGGAGAACUAUGAGAAUUUUGCCUUCCUGGAACUUCCAGCUUUCAAACCCAGUAUGAUCUCUGAACUGGAAAGAACAGAAACACUAUGGCUGCGAGAGGAAGAAGCUACAUUUUCUUUUGAAGAUUCCUUUAUUCAGAAGACAAGAUGUGAGACUAAGAAGUCAACUCCAAAGCAGGGUAUCUGUAUAGGAGGAUCUUCCAAAGAGAGAAUUACAGAGAAUGGUCCCUGGGAUUCCACGUUGGGAGAAGCAUGGGAUAAUGAUGUCUGGUUAGAAAGGCAAAGAGGAAAACAGGAGAAGCAAUCUAGGCAGGUGGCAACAAGUCAUGAAUGGAAUAUAUUUGGUAGACAGCUUGUUUUGGGGGCAAAUCUUGAAAAUCAGAGAGUUCCUACAGGAGAAAGUCUCCCUAAGUCUAAUAGAGUUGGAAAGAGUUUCAAACAGUUUUCAGAUCUUAUUAAACAUAAUAGAACUUCCUUAGGGAAAAAACGUCAUAAGCAUAAUAAAUACAGAAAGCCUUCCAGUUAUCAGUCAAAACUUACUCAUUACCACAGAACAAAUACUCAUAGUAAUAAGUGUAAUGAAUCUGGAAAACCUUUCAGAAAUAUCUCAUGCUUUACUGUACAUCAAAGCAAUCAUAUAAGGAAAAAACUAUAUAGGUGUACUGAAUGUGGGGAAAAGUUCAAUCAGAAAGGAAACCUUAAUGCUCAUAUAGAAACUCAUAUUGGAGAGAGACACUUUGAAUGUAAUGCAUGUGGAAGAGGGUUCAGAUACCAUUCGUAUCUUGUACAGCAUCAAAUAAUUCACACUGGAGAGAAACCCUAUAUAUGUAAUCAGUGUGGAAAAGCAUUCAACCGAAAAGGAAGCUUAAGUAGACAUAAAAUGACUCAUACUGGAGAGAAACACUUUGAAUGUAAUGAAUGUGGAGAAGGAUUCAAAUAUAGAUCAUUCCUUGUGCAACACCAGAAAAUUCAUACUGGUGAGGCACCCUAUAAAUGCAAUGAAUAUGGAAAAACCUUUAGCCAGAGGCAAAGCCUUAAUUUACAUGAAAUAAUUCAUCCUGGUGAGAAACUAUUUAAAUGCAGUGAAUGUAGAAAAACCUUUAUCCUGAAAGGAGAUCUUAUUAAACAUAUGAGAAUUCAUACUGGAGAAAAACCCUAUAAAUGUGGUGAAUGUGAAAAAACCUUCAGCCUGAGGGGAUGCCUUAAGGCACAUAAGAGAAUUCACACUGGAGAAAAACCCUAUAAAUGUAAUGAAUGUGGGAAAGCCUUCAGGCAGGGGGGAGGUCUUAGUGCACAUAAGAGAAUUCAUACUGGAGAGAAACCUUUUAAAUGUAAUGAAUGUGGAAAAGCCUUCAGCCAGAAGGGAAACCUUAAAACACAUAAGAGAGUGCAUAUGGGUGAAACAUCCUUUGAAAAGAAUGAAAGUGGAAAAGUCUUCAACAGAAAGAGAAAUCUAAAUAAAAGUAAAAUAACCCAUAAUGGAGAGAAACCCUUUGCUUGUAAGGAAUGUGACAAAAGCUUCAAGUACAGCAUAUUUCUGGUAGAACACCAGAGAGUUCAUACUGAUGAGACUCCCUAUAGAUGCAAUGAAUGUGGGAAAACCUUCAAUAUGAAGAGACGCCUUAGGACACAUCAAAUAAUUCAUCAUAGUGAGAAACUCUUUAAGUGCAAUGAAUGUGGAAAAGCCUUCAGCAUGAAGGGAGAUCUUAAUAAACACAUUAGAAUUCAUACUGGAGAGAAACCAUAUAAAUGUAAUGAAUGUGAAAAAGCCUUCAGUCAGAGAGGAGGACUUUAUACACACAAAAGAAUUCAUACUGGAGAAAAACCCUAUACAUGUAAUGAAUGUGGAAAAACCUUCAGGCAGAAGGGAGGCCUCACUGCUCAUAAGAGAAUUCACACUGGGGAGAAACCCUUUAAAUGUAAUGAAUGUGGAAAAGCCUUCAGCCAGAAGGGAAAUCUUAAAACCCAUAAGAGAAUCCAUACAAAUGGUUUGCCCUUUGAAUUUAAUAAAUGCAAAGAAAGUGUUUGUCAAUAAUCCAAUGACAUCAGAUAAUUUUUGCUCAAGAGAAACACUUUCAGUAUAAUGCAUGCAAAAAAGCUUUAAGUCAGAGGAUAUUCCUUAAUGAACACAGGAUAAUUCCUAUGGAAGAGAAAACUUUUCAGUGUAGUGUGGAAAAAUUUUCAAAUGAAAUGGAAAUCUUAUACAAUAUUAGGGAAUUGCUACUAUAGGAAAAAAACCUUUUGAAUAUACUUGAAGGUAGAAGAUCCCAAAGGCCAUACUUUAUUGCACAUAAUAAAAUUCAUGAUAGAGAAAACUAUUGACUAUCAAAAUGAAUAUUUAGGCCCAGCUCACCAUGAAGCAGAAGAUCCAUACUGAAAAGAAAGCUAAAAUUUCCGGAUAAUAUACUAUGGGAAAGUUGCUAAUUGAAGUAUUAAUUUGAAGCAUCAGGAGAGGUUUUAUUUACCAAUUAAUUUGAGUUUUUCCUACCAUACAAGUCAAACAACCAAAGAAUUAUUUAAUAGAAUUAACUAGAAAAAAUAACAAAAUUCAUAUAGAGGGGGAAAAGGUCGAGAAUUUAAGGAUAAACAAUGAAACAGGAUAUGAGAAUGAAAGAAGCUUAGCAAUGUGAGAUCUCAAAUGGAUAAUACAAAAUGCUUCUCAAUAAUCUAAUGCUGGUUAAAUAAUAGACUAAAGAGUGGAAUAGAUUUCAUAUACAGCUUUCAUAUUUGAUAAACACAGAGGCUCAAGCUACUGAAAUAAAAGACUUAUUAUUUGACAAAAAACUACUGAGAAAAUUGGACAGCAAUAUGGAAGAAAUUAGAGUUAUAAUAUCACCUCACAAGUUAUACAAGUGUAAGUUUCAUAUAGGUGCAAGAUCCAGUAUAUAAUUAUAAAUAAAAGAAACAUAAAAAUUACUUAUAUCUAUGCAUAGGAAAAAAGUUAAUCAAAUAUGGAAUAGAGAAUCACAGAAGAUGGAAUGGAAAUUUCUGAUUUCCUAAAAAAAAGUUUUUGCACAAAUAAAUCCAACAAAGUUAAGAUUGAAAGGAAAAUGGGGAGGACAAAAAAGCCAAACUUUUACAUAUAGUUUUUCUAAGAUCCAUUUACAAAAUCUAAGGAACUGAUCACCUAUAAGAAUAGGAGCCAUUUCCUAAUUGAUAAAUAGUCUAAAAAUAUAAACAGGCAUUUCUCAGAGGAAACCAUCUAAGCUACUUAUUGCCAAUUGAAAAAAAUUGUGGAAAAACCUUCAGGCAGAAGGGAGGCCUCACUACUCAUAAGAGAAUUCACACUGGGGAGAAACCCUUUAAAUGUAAUGAAUGUGGAAAAGCCUUCAGCCAGAAGGGAAAUCUUAAAACUCUUCUGAUUAGAGAAAUGCAAAUUGCUUCAAUUUUUUGAAUUUGCAAUUCUCAUACCCCAUAAGAGCAGCAAAGAUGACAAAAAAUGGAAAUGAUAAAAAUUAGAGGGAUUCUAAGGAAACAGGAAUACAAUGCUGAUAGAUCUAUGAAUAGAUAUAACUAAUUGGAAAGCAAAUUUUAAUUUAUACACAAUAUGUUACAAAACAGUAUGUGCCCUUUUAUACAGCUAUGCCAUGUUAGACCUAUAUGGACAAAUUCAAAAAAAGAAAAAAAAAACAUAUGUAUAAAAAUAGCACUUUUUUUAACUUGGCAAAAACCUGUAAACUAAAGGGGUGCACAUAAAUUGAUGAGUGGCUGAAUAAGUUGUGAUAUAGGAAUAUGAUGGAAUAUCUUGUGUUUUAAGAAAUGAGAAAAAUAAAUGAUUUCAAAGAGCUCUGGAAAUGCUUUUAUGAACAAAUUUAGGGUGAAAUGAGAAGAACCAGAAUAAUUUAUAUUUUUAUAUUAAUAUAAAAAAUGAGCAAUUUAAAAUUUUUUUGUAAAUGUAUGAAGAAUGAAAUAAGCAGAAUCAGAAGUUUAUUCAAUAACCAUAUUGUAAAGACAAACGACCUAAAAGCUGUAAGAACUAUUUUCAAUACCUGUACAUUCAUGAUUUCUAAAGACAUAUAAUGAAAUCUAUCAUCAACCUUUAGACAGAGAGGUGAUGGAUUUAAAGUACAGAAUGAUUUUUUUUUGGUAAUACAGACAAAAAUGUAUUUUGGAAAACUGUAUGGAAUUUGGAUAUUGUAUGGAAUAUUGUAAUCACUUUCAGAUGAGGUCACUCAUUAUUAGUUUUCCUAAAUUGUUUUACUGUGUUACAAGAGAACUUGUUGAAUGGGGGUCAUUUAUAAGUGUGUUAAAUGUGAACACAAAAUCAAUAACACUUUAAAAAACUGAAAACAAAACAUUAAAGAUUGAGUUGGUUCAUACUAGAGAGUAAUUUUUUAAUUGUAAUAAAUAUUGGAAAUCUUUCAAUCUGAAAUAAAGCAUUGACAGAUACAUA